AAUGUAUAGUUUUAUUUUGAUAAAAUCGGCUUUUAGCAUGAUUUCAGCGAUUUAUUAUAAUAAAGAAGCAAUUAUAAGUAGAUUUAAGAUUUAAAAAAAGCUGCAUUUUACUUUUUAUCUCACAUUUUCAUUCAAUGUAGAAAAUAAUCAAAGAAAAUUUAUAAUCUGAAUUCUUAGUCUUCAAAAAUUUAAUACUUUAAUAUCACUCAUUAUUAAUAUCACAUAACAAAUUUAAUACGUUAGUUAUGGCAAUGAAUAACUAUAUGCACCCUCGUAACAUUUACAAAACCCCUCCGGAUUUUGCGAAGCUAGCAGAAAACUAUCCAGAAUUUAAAUGUAUUUCUAAAAUGGAUCUGUCUGGCAAAGUUACUAUUGAUUUUAAGGACCCUAAAUCAUUGAGGAUUUUAACCAAAUGCUUAUUGAAAUCGGACUUCAAUGUAAACAUUGACAUUCCAGAAGAUAAAUUAGUACCUACGCUUCCAUUAAGAUUAAACUAUAUUCUGUGGAUUGAAGAUUUAAUGGCAUCUAUCAAAAGAAUUACAAAUAUUAAUGGAAUAGAUAUUGGUACUGGAGCUUGUGCUAUUUAUCCUGUUUUAGGUGCUAUUAAAAAUAAAUGGAGUAUGAUUGGUACAGAAACAGAUGAAGACAGUUUUCAAAAAGCUCAGAGUAAUAUUAAAAUAAACAAUUUAGACUCUCUUAUAAAAUUAAUCAAGACGCCAUCAUCAACAAUUAUUAGUUUUGUGUUGGAUAAUGAAAAGGAUCAAUUAUUUGAUUUUUGCAUGUGCAAUCCUCCAUUCUAUAGCAGUAUUCAAGAUCUUUUUGAAUCUCGGAGUCCUGCCAGACCUCCUCCAAAAAAUGCUUUCACGGGAUCACCUCAAGAACUUAUUACGGAAGGUGGAGAGUUAACCUUUUGUAGAAACCUAAUCAGUGAAAGUCAAAAUUACAAGGACAGAGUGAGGAUUUUCACCACAAUGAUUGGCCACAAGUAUAAUUUGAAAGAAUUAUUGCAAGACCUUACUGCUGAACGAAUAAGAUUUACACAUACAGAAUUUUGUCAAGGUCGCGUUACCCGUUGGGGUCUAGCGUGGACUUAUCAAGACUACGAUAUUUAUAAAUUGGUUAGUCCAAGAGAUAAGGUACGGAAAAAGAAUACACCAAUAGCAUAUUCAUUACCAAAACUACCAGAAUGUGCCAACAAUGUGGAAAGCUGUACGGAAAAAAUUAAAACCAUUUUUCAAAGCCUUGAUAUUGAGUAUAAACUUCUAAACAAAAUAGGAAAUAAAGUAAACAUGCAAUUUACUGCUACCAAGGACACAUGGUCUCAUCAGAGGCGAAAGCGGAGGUUAAUGAAAAGAAUAAAUGAAAAUGAUGCAAAGAAACUUAAAAUGAAUAAUGAAACCAUUAACGGUAAUAGUACUAACAAUCCUUCCGAUAUGGUUCAAGAAAUUCCUGAUGCUAACUGUCAUAAUACGAAAAAUUCUAAAGAGCAUGGUGAUAUGGACCCAAUUAUUCAAGCAUUUCUUAAAGUGUUUGAAAAAGACGAUAAUUUGUUCUUCGAAGUUGAGUACUUGAGUGGUAGUGCUGGAAAAGAAGGAUUGCAUCAGAUAGUCCAAUACAUUAAAAAUAAUUGGAAAUAA